AUGUUCUUACUAUGCAUCCGUUCCUCCCGUGGUCAACCGCAGAUUUCUCUGAGCUUCGCUUUUGACGUUUUGCAAACCUUGGCGGAGUUUAUUCUAGUUCUACCGAGCUUGACCGAUGAUCGACAGGAGCGUUGUCCUUGUUUGGAAUUUGGACAUGGCUCACCUGCAGCCUCCUUCAGCCGCACUUUUCACGUUGCUGAUUUAGUGGUAGGCCUCUUCUUUUUUGAAAGCGUUAGCGGGCGCAUCAUGCUCGCUGCGAUUCUCUCGCUAACAUGUCUUGCUGGAAUGCGUCUAGUGCGAGCUGAUCGUAAGUGGCAGGCAGAGACAUCUUCUGCAGUGGGCGACUAUGUUGCUGCUGGGCUUGCUCUGUCUUCCACGGCAUCGGCAGCGGCAUCGGUAACGGGAACGGCAUCGGCAUCGGCAUCGGCAUCGGCAUCGGCAUCGGCAUCGGCAUCGGCAUCGACACCGGCAGCCGGGACGCAGCCUGUAGCGACGGGUCUGGUAACGGUAGACGGGACGGUGUUCACAGCAACAAAGCUUGAGAAUGGUGACAUUCUGGUUGCAAAUGCCACCGUACAUCCGUCGCCAGCCAGGACCGGCACUGCGGCAUCGAUUGGCACCUCAGAUCCGACAGAUUGCUACGCAUCAUGGCAGCAGUAUUGGACAGCGGGUCGCGCUUCUCUGCUGUCCAACUACAGCUACACGCCGUCGUCGACACCCGUCACCACCUUGACCUCGACCGACGAAGAAACGUUCAGCGCGCGGCCACUGACCACGUCCACAGACAUCACCACCAUCGACACAGAGAUUCCCAUCGUGAAUGGCGGCUUCACAAUCUCCACUCAGACGAUCCUGUCGACCUCUAGCUAUGUCUAUACCCAGUCAUCUGAACCUGCUAGCACAAGCACAUGGACCUGGACCUACACCUCCUAUGCUACUCUUGCGCCAAACGCGACGGUCAGUGUGCCGCCGAAGCCCACGUGUACGCUCCCAUCUGUCGUGCCGGACUGCCAGUCUUCUUGGGAAAACUGGAUCACCACACAACUCAUUCCGUCGCCAACACCUCCGCCACAUUGCGAUAUUGGUGCCGGCUUCCUCAAUAACCAGAACACAGUGCCAGCAUGCGCGACCUCGUUCUCUUCACUGGUCACCGCAUAUUCUGAGUCGAUUGGCACCUAUGCCCAAAGCGAGCCCGCGUGUACAGUGGCUUCCAUCAGCGGAUCCUUGUGCCAGUCCGUGCGCGACAACUACCAAAUGGAUGAGAACUACAUCUUCAAGCCCUCAAAUGAUGCCUUCUUCUUUAAUCAAGGCACACUCGGAAACUAUAAUGGCAUACGCACAUCUUGGUACUGGCCUACGUCUUCCACCCUCGGAUCUGCACUUGGCUGUACGCUUGGAUGCGGACGAUGCGCUGUCACUGGCGGCACAGUGGAGCUCAUCUACUGGCCUGAAGCAACACCUACCCCGGCUGCCCGCAAUGGAAGCUCACCAGGUCGUGCUACACCGCAAGCAACUGCACCAGUCACUGUGGAGACACUGGGAACGACUUUUACCUCUCCCACGCUGUACAUCUCUUAUCACAGCUUGUACGCCGACAAUGCUUGUGGCACCAUUGGCACUGUCAUCAGCAACACCAUUCUGGCAAUCCCCACUGAUCAGCCGCUCUCAAGUGUCUAUGCUGGGACCAUGCCCUGCGAUGCACACUUCCGCCCUACGCAGGUAUGGACCGGGACUGCUCCAUUCACCGUGCAGGACCUACCCUCUCCAGCUUACAGCAUCUAUUCUUCACAGCCUUGGUGCCAGACCUAUGUCCGAAACAAUGGUUGCGGAAAUGUCACGUGCCCUACUACUGCUGCUUACAAGCCAAUUCUCGUUGUACCUACUCCGCUCCUGCAGAGCAUGCAGCCAGCCUGGUCGAACUGCUGGGGAGACAUUCGUGGAGUCUAUGAUCCACCUAUUGCUCUUACACAAGUCACAUCGGCGAAAGGCCCAACUGUGCCCUAUGGUCCAACACAGACCGGCGACUCUUCGAAGCCAACAUCAGACCCAGCGACGCCGGCUUCUGGUCCAGCUCCAACGACACCUACGCCUACUGCAAUUCCUGACAACCUUCCGACGAGCACCGGCGAUGACGGACCCACAAUACCCCAUGUCUCUUCUGAUGAGCCACAGUCCACUGUAAACAUUGGCGGCCAGCUGACGUCUGUGCUGGGUGGUUACUCUGACCCGACUCAGCCUGCGCCAGAUUCUGAUCCAAAUACAGUAGCUACAGUCGGAUUCCAGACUCUUACUGUCUCUCAGCUUUCAGGAAGCAGCGGCGCUGUCGUCGUAGCGCAAGGCGGCGACACCCAGACCCUAAACGCAGGAGACAAUCCCAUCACACUUGGAAAUCAAGCCGCUAGUAUCGCAUCUAACGGAGCUCUAAUAAUCGGCACCGGUAACUCAGCAACCACCAUCGACCCAUCCCAGCAAACUUCGACUCCAGGCGUCGAGAUCGCUCAAAUCGGGCCAGAAACAUACACCUUCUCAAACCUACCAGGCACAAGCGGCGUCGUAAUCAUCAACGCCGACAAAACCACAACUCUCAUAGCAGGAGCCUCCGCCAUAACCCUCGCAUCUCAAAUCUUCAGCAUCGCGUCCUCUGGCCGAGUCGUUCUCGGAACCGGAAUUUCUGCUACCACCCUCGGCGUAACGCGUUCGGAAUCCACAUCCUCCUCGUCGACUACGAAAAUUUCCAACAUGAAUACAGGCGGCGCAGCAGCAGCAGCAGCAGCAGCUUCUCGAGCUUGGGGAGCUUGUUUCGUUGCAUUGAAUGACAUGAACGGCAUAGAUAGAGAAAUGAUAAUAACGAAUGGCAUACAGAUACACGAACUAUGA